CUUUACGAGACUGUAUAUUCAGAUAUAACUGUGAUUUAUUCUUGCAUAUUUCCAGUUACAAAGUUAAAGCAUUGAGGUUAACGUUAACCUAUAUCAGUAUAUAAUAAACUUUUACAACCAUGAUUCCAUUCAAUAUCGUCAAGUUUCUCGGCCGAUGGUUCAUUAUAAAUUAUUACAAAGAACUGUCUGCACUACAUCAACAUACAAUCAGAAGUCAAAUGUUCGCAUCGGAUGUGCAUCAGGAUUUUGGGGCGACAGUGCAGUUGCUUCUAGACAAUUAGUACAGAAAGGAAAGAUAGAUUAUUUAGUAUUUGACUAUCUGUCGGAAAUCACUAUGUCACUUUUGACUGCUGCAAAGAGAAAAAAUCCAGAUUUUGGUUAUGCACCGGAUUUUGUCGCAGCUGCAAUGAAACCAAAUCUGAAAAGUAUCAGCAAAAAUGGAAUAAAAGUCAUCAGCAAUGCAGGAGGAAUUAAUCCUAAAGCCUGCUCAGCUGAAUUGCAAAGAGUUGCGGAACAACAAGGUAUCAAGCUCGAAAUUGCAACUGUGACUGGCGAUGAUAUGAUGAGCUUAAUGAAGAGUAUUCGUGAAUCGGUUAAAGAGAUGGGAAGUGGAAAAGCACUUCCAGAUGCUAGAUUUGUCAGCAUGAAUGCUUAUUUUGGUGCAGAACCUAUUAAACGUGCAUUAGAUCUUGGUGCACAAAUUGUUGUGACAGGACGAUGUGUUGACAGUGCUGUUGUACUGGCUCCUUUAAUGCAUGAAUUCAACUGGUCUCCAUCUGAUUAUGAUAGAUUGGCUGCUGGGAGUUUAGCUGGUCAUCUCGUUGAGUGUGGCGCUCAAUCAACUGGAGGGAUUUUCACAGACUGGCAAACUGUUGAUGGUUGGGACAAUAUUGGAUUCCCUAUUGUAGAUUGCAAGGAGGAUGGUACAUUUACUCUCACUAAACCACCUGGCACUGGUGGUCUAGUCACUCCUGCUACGGUGGCAGAGCAGUUAACAUAUGAAAUUGGUGAUCCUUCUGCCUACGUUUUACCUGAUGUAACAUGUGAUUUCCGGAAUGUCAAUAUAACUCCUGUAGAGGAAGGCGAAAGCGUGAAAGUGGUUGGAGCAAAAGGUCGUCCACCAACUGAUAGUUUUAAAGUUUGUGCGACAUAUCUGGAUGGAAACCGCAUAACUGCAGUUUGCUGUGUAGGAGGGAAACGUGCUAUUGCGAAAGCCCACAAAACAGCGAAUGCAAUUAUAAGCAGGGUGCGUGGAAUUUUCAAAGCUUUGGGAAUGGCAGAUUUCAAACGUGUUUAUGUGCAGGCUAUUGGUGAUGAAGCACCAUACGGGAAAUAUGCAAGAAAAUAUGGCCUAAAUGGAGAGGGUCCGAGAGAGACAGCAAUUUGGAUGGCUCUGGAGCAUGAUGACAAGAUGGCUCUGCAAAUUUUUGCAAAUGAAAUAGCCCCAGCUGGAACAGGUAUGGCACCAGGAUUGUCUGCAAUUAUCGGAGGAAGACCAAAACCAUCUCCAAUUCUCAAAUUAUUCUCGUUUUUACAUCCGAAAAAAGAUUUGAACGCAUCUGUAUAUUUGGGGGAUAAAUUUGCUGAGGAAAUCAAAUUCAGUGAUAUGGAAUCGUCUGGUGUGGAAACAUCUACAGAAGAUAACUCUAUCAUAAAGAAUGUACCAACUGGCACGAAAACAUACAUUCUUGAAGACUUGGCCUACACAAGAAGUGGAGAUAAAGGAAAUUCAGCCAACAUAGGUGUAAUAGCCAGGAAUCCUUCCUUUGUGACUUAUCUAGAGAAGUAUCUCACUCAAGAAGCAGUGUUUGAGUAUUUUCAACAUUUGUUCGAUUCGUCUAAUAUGCCAGAAAACCCUGUGAUCAGGUAUAAAUUACCUGGCAUCAAUGGCUUUAAUUUUGUUCUUACUGAUUGUUUAGGAGGGGGUGGUGUAACGUCUCUAAGACCUGAUCCCCAAGGUAAAGCACUCGGACAAAUGUUGCUUGAUUUUGAAUUCAAUAAUAUGCCGGAUUUGGAAUUAUAAGUUAUAACAAAAUUAUUUUAUGAUAUUUUGUGUGAAAUAUGAAGAAUUGAAUUAUAUUUCCGAUUUUUGAGAAAUUUAAAUACCCUUUCACAUGGUUUGCCAUUUUAUUAUUCAUUGGAAAAGUCAUAUACAAUACCGAUAUCCAAAGCUCAGUGAAGUUUUCUAGUAUCAAUUCAUUCUUGUUUCUGCAAGAUGAGGAAAAUAUGAUUUUUUCAAUCCUAUAUCUAUUUUAUGCUCAAAGUUAACGUCAUUCUUGUGUAUGAUUUAUCCACUUGCUUUAGCUUUUCGUUGUGGAAAGUGGUAUAUCAAGCUAUUGUGCUAUUAUCUAAUUCACAUUCUGCUUCUACAGAUUUUGAAUGGCUCAAAACGAGCUAUAUUGUUGGCUAAAAAUUAAAAUUAAAAUGUUCCAUCUAGAUUGUUUAAUCUGUGCAAUAAUUUAUUUUUAUAUCUACAAAUUUUUGCAGUAAAUUAAAUAAAACGAAAUUCUGAGAUAUCAGAUUUAUAUCA